AUGCCUCGUGGAAAAGCAGCCCAAGCUGCGAAACCGGGUCCAGCAAAAAGGCGACUCGCGGAGCAGUUUGCAGCUGGGGAGAUCGUAACGGACAUGGCAAAGAAGGAGUGGAAGCUGGGACCACCGGUUGGCCAGGGCGGCUUUGGUUGUAUUUAUCUGGCAAACCAAAAACCAAACCAAACCAAACCCAUUGCUGGUGACGAACCCUGUUGGGUUUCCAAGGUGGAACCCAGUGACAAUGGACCUCUUUUUACUGAACUAAAGUUCUACCAGCGAGCUGCUAAACCUGAGCAAAUACAGAAAUGGAUUCGUACCCAUAAACUGAAGUACCUGGGUGUUCCUAAGUAUUGGGGGUCUGGUCUACAUGAUAAAAAUGGAAAAAGUUACAGGUUCAUGGUAAUGGAUCGUUUUGGAAGUGACCUUCAGAAAAUAUAUGAAGCAAAUGCCAAAAGGUUUUCUCGGAAAACUGUCUUGCAGCUCAGCUUAAGAAUCCUGGAUGUUCUGGAAUAUAUCCACGAGCAUGAGUACGUGCACGGCGACAUCAAGGCCUCCAACCUCCUCCUGAGCUGCAAGAAUCCGGACCAGGUGUACUUGGUAGAUUAUGGCCUUGCCUAUCGAUACUGUCCAGAAGGAGUCCAUAAAGAAUACAAAGAAGACCCCAAAAGAUGCCAUGAUGGUACUGUUGAGUUUACCAGCAUUGAUGCGCACAAUGGUGUGGCCCCAUCAAGACGUGGUGACUUGGAAAUCCUUGGUUACUGCAUGAUCCAGUGGCUCAGUGGCUAUCUUCCUUGGGAGGAUAAUUUGAAAGAUCCUAACUAUGUCAGAGAUUCCAAAAUUAGAUACAGAGAAAAUAUUGCAAGUUUGAUGGACAGAUGUUUUCCUGAGAAGAACAAGCCAGGGACCCAGUAUGUGUUCCACAAACCUGAAGGAUCUGCUCGACUGGAGGUCGCCUGA